GUCGUCUCUCUCUCCUUCUGGCGUCUCUCUCUCUCACCGUCUAGUUCCGGUGUGUCUCUCUCACCGUCGAUCUCUCUCACCGUAGACUUCCGGCGACGAAAUCGAUUCAAAAUCUCCAAGAUGUUGACUCCUAUACGUGAUUCACAACUUGUAUGUCUCUAAUUUCUGUAUUUGUUUGUUCUCUAAUUUCUGUAUUUUUUGUUUGAUUCGAUUUUGUGAUUUCUCUUAUCGAAAAAUCAAACAAGGUUUUCUUAGAUAUCUCAUUUAAAGAGGUCGAUCUAAGAGAAACUGAUUUGAUAGUGAAACGUUGAGAGUGAAAACAUUGAGUAUUUGAAAACUUAAAUCUGGUUUUGGAGUCAUAUUAAGAUUGAUCUGAAUGGUUUCGGCUAAGAAAGAGAUUUUCCGAUAGUGAAAACUGCAUAUUAAAGAAGAGAUAAUUUACGAUAGUGAAAACUGAAUAUUAAAGAAUUAUAACCCCUUAUAAAUCUGGGUUUCAUGAGAUUGUUGAUAAAUACAACUCAAUGAUUUAUAAGUAAAGAAAAAAGAUGCAUGAAACAAAAGUCAUAGGUACAAAAGUCACAAAUCAAGAAGCCAUGGCAAACAUGAAGACUAAGUUUAUGGCUUUAUGGGAUGGGUUUUCUACUGAUCCGAAUGCGAGGGUGAUGGUACUUGCUGCAACAAACAGACCAUCAGAGUUUGAUGAACCAAUAAUGAGGAGUCUUCCUCAAGCCUUUGAGAUUGGAAUGUCUGAACGUAAGGAGAGAGCUGAGAUAUUGAAAGUGACGCUGAAGGGAGAGAGGGUGGAGCCUGAUAUUGACUACGAUCACUUAGCUUGUCUAUGCGGAGGCUACACCGGAUCAGACAUCUUUGAGCUCUGCAAGAAAGCAGCUUACUUCCCUAUCAGAGAAAUCCUAGAGGAAGAGAGAAAAUGGAGACCAUGUCCUCUAAGUUUCAUAUGAAAAUGUCCAAUGCUGUUGCAUUCACCAAAUUUGCAAGUGUUGAUGUUGUGAGUUGCUAUCAUUUUGUUUGUCAGGUACCUAGGACAUUGUCACAGUUGGAUUUGGAGAAAGUUCUUGCUACGUCGAAGAAGACGUUAGUUGCAGCAGGCGAGUAUUGUGGAUUGAGAUGGUCAAGGGAACCAGAUGAGUUGGAAGCAGCUACUUUGUGUAUUUUUUUUGUUUGAAGAAAUUCAACGAAGGUAGGUUUAGAACAUGUCGAUUUAAGGGAAAGAGUUUCAAUAGUAAACAUUGAAUUUUCGAAAAAUUAUAAACCUUUAUAAAUCUGGGUUCAAGUAAUUUUAGGAUUUUCGUUCCUCUGUUAUCCAAAAACAAAUAAGGUUGAUUUAGACUUAUCAUUUGAAUAGUUCUAGUUAGGAAAAAUAUUUUCGGAUAGUGAACAUUGCAUUUUAAAGAAUUAUAACCUCUUAUAAAUCUGGGGAUUAGGAUAUUGUCGAUAGUACAACUCAAUGCAAUACAAGGUUUUAUAAAUAAAGGUUGUAAACAGGAGUUGAUCAUAUAUGUCUAUAAAAAACAUAUAAAUGUGUGAAUUUGAAAACUCUCGUAUUUUAUUAUUAUAUAUUCUUUGUAAGGCUGUUAUCGAAAUACAUGAACAUUAUGAUUGGAUAAGGUAUUUUUAGACCGUGAUUAAAAGUUAACAUCAUCUUUUUAUUUUGUCUUACAGUUAGAUAGCAAUGAAUUGCACAUCUUUGAGAUUGCCUCUGAGGAUUUAUGAAGCUGGAACAGAACCAGUAGACAAUUUAAAAGUGAUUAUCCAAUCGGUGUCUUUGUCAAUAAUGUGAAGUGUUUAUAAAAGAUUAUAAAUGUAGUUUUAUAGGAGUUUAUAAAAUUAUAAGUAGAGACUUAUAAAACGUUGUUUAUUCUUUGUUACAUCUUGUGGUUAAUACAGUGUUUGGAUUCCCUGAGGAAUACAAACAUUUCAUGA